ACGGAGCGGGCACCGAUUCACAGCCCACAAAGUGCUGCUGCGUAGGGCCGAGGACGGACCGAUUGCGCUGGUGCCGCAGCUCCCCGCGCUUCUCCCUCCCGCUGCUCCUCUCAACCUCCAAGCUAUUCCCCCUGUCCCGUACUAAAUGCCUCCUUUCUUCUCCUACACCACCCUCCCCUACCAGCUCACGACGGGCCCUUACCCCAUGCGCGAGUUCUCGGAGUACUUGGUGGAGCUAACUGACGUGGAGCCGCUGCCCUUCGCCGACGAGGACACGUGGGAGUUGCACCGGGCGCUGUACAAGUCGGUGGCGCUGGGGAUGUUCCGGCUCUUCGUGGAUCACGAAGACCACGCUACCGGUGAGCACUUCGUCGUUUACUACGUCAUCACGCGACCCAAGCCAGCAGAGAAGGAAGGGACGGUCGCGCUGUACCCAUUCGCCCAGCUCCAGACGAUCGAUGCGGGAUUUUUGGAGCUCAUACAUCUUGAGCUCCUCUCCAUCGUGCAAGUGAUCGCGAGCGAGGAAGAGGAGAUCCAACCGCGAUUGCGGACGGUGACGGCCCCGCGGAGAACGUACAACGCGGUCGUCAUCCCGGAUUACAUUGCGCAGCGUGCGGAGAGAUUGGAGGACUUCCCGGAGAAAAGGCCGUUGCGUCCUCCCUCAUCGUACUCUCGGCCAGCGCCACCAAAGGCCCCCAAGAAGACGCCGAAGAGGAAGAGACGCCACCCGUCGCCAGGAGUGCAAGGCAGCAGGAUCAGCGGCGGCGAGGAGGAGAUUCAGCCCGCGCACGUGGCGAUGCUCGUUAAGGAGACUAUCGUGCCAUCGCCGCCCAUUCCGCGUGUGCCCGACCUUAAUCUUGAUGGAGCCGGGCCAUCAGCAGCAGCAGCAGCCGGAGGAGGAAGCCGACUGGGAUUUCUGGAUCCCAUAUCCAGACCCCCCGUCCUCGCGGGACCUCUCCUUCAUCUGAGCCAGACGGUCCAUCCGACCGAGGUGGACUUCAUGGUGGAGCCCGCCACCAUUAGGCUCGAGGCCAUCGCGGGGGUGCCGCGCCCUGAUCCGGCGUGGGAGCCAUAUCUGACACCCGUUUUUCAAGGGUGUAUUGCGGCGCGAUUGGCGGGGAUGCUCAUCUACGAGACUGGGCAGCGUCCCAAUGCGGUGUACCACUUCCUGGUCUUCGCGGCGCAGAAGUGGGAUCGGCGGCCUUAUACCGAGACGCAUGUGGUGAUGAUGGGUCGAGGGCCUCGAUCGGUGCGCAAGCAGGUGGUGCGAGCGGUGGCGGAUCUGGCGCCACGUGUCCUCUCUCAUAUGCCGGGGGCUUUUCUUUACCCCUCCUUCGUCCAGCAUCAUUUCCGUGAGGAAGAUGCGCCGACGACUCUUGCGGCAGUGGCCGCCUUUCUUCCACCUAUUCCGCCCCCUCUCAAUCCCGACAUAGAUCACUUCAUCUGAUCACCUUCGUCUACCUCUCCCCCGUCCUCUCCUUCUUCUUCUCUUCUUCUUCCCUUCUCUUUUGGAUCUAAAGCUCGCGCGA